AUGUUAAUCGAUAAUCAAAACUACGGGGUUCAAGGGACACCGGAGUUCACACCAAAGCUGCUCUAUGUAAGGCAAAAUGAGUCAGACUACAGUGACUUAUAUUGGGGGGAAGGUUCAGGUUGGGAGUGGGGGAGGUGGAUCCUGUUCGUACUGCUCGGUAUUGGUAUCCUGUUCAUAUGCUUGAACACGAUUCGAAUAAAUUGGAGGAGGUCAAAAGUCGGGCAGGCCCCGAUAAGAGGCACUGCGUGGUUCACGCCUCCCUCGUACAGACAGUCUCAGAACCAGUACAAUAGUGGUGCAAACCAAGAUUAUGUGCCCCAAUACACUGCAGAGGUCAACGAGCAGGAUUUAGGGUACUACGACGAGAGGGGCGAUUUCCACCGUAAUGAUAAGGCGGAUUACCCACCACUACCACAAAAGACUUCUGAGGUACCUAACGCGAGGGAUGCGGAUGGGAACCCUAUCGUGGCUGAGCCUGCAACUGCUGCUCUGCGAACGCAGGAAAACGAGAACGACACGUCCGUAUUCGAUGACGAUAGUGGUAGUCUCACUAGACCCGCUUACCCAAGGCCGUCUUCACCACGUACAGUGUCGCCACUACCAGAUGAUCAGCAUAAUAGGGUAGGAAGAUCUGCUGAAGAAACGGCCAUAUCAGAAGGAUCACCCACAGAACCUCGUGAGGUCAGCAGGCCACAUAAAGCCAAGUUGAAAUGA